GCCAACAAGGGGCUGGAGAUAACGUGGUUGUAAUGCAUGUGUUUUAACGCGAGUAUGUGCCUUAGAUGAUUGAUGGUUCAGUGAAUGAAAUGGAUUAAAAAGACAGCAGCAGUGAACAUACAUUUGUAUUCUCUACCAGUGAUGAUGAAGCAGAUGGACCUCCUGAUAGACAUCAAUGAGUGCUUGAGAGAUUCUCCAAAGUUUAGGCAAAGUUUACUUGAGAAUGAAAAGAACAUAGAACAUCUUGAGGGUCGUCUAGAAAAAGCUGUCAAGAACUGUGGAAUCAUGGUGGAAAGUGGUCGCCAGUUUGCCACCUCUCAAAACCAUCUGCUGGUCUCGCUGUGGGAUGUGGCCGGCCACUUCAAGGAGCCGGCCAUAUCAGCUAGCUUCCACCAGCUGCUGCACGCGCUGGCCGAGUUCCAGAAGUACCAGGGCCACCUGGUGGACCAGGCUGCGCGCAUCAUCAGCCGCAAUCUGGGCACCAUGCUCAAGACGGACAUCCGCCAGCUGAAAGAGACGCGCCAGAGCUUCGAGCACAUCUCAGGCGACUUGGACACGGCGCUGACGCGGUACGCCCAGGCGCCCAAAGGACGCCCGCAGGAGCUGGAGGAGACGGCCAACCUGGUGCAGGCGCACCGCACCUGCUUCCGUCACACGGCUCUCGACUAUCUGCGUGCCGUCUCGCUGCUCCAGUCCCGCAAACAGCACGAGGUGCUGGACACGAUGCGGAGCUAUCUGCAGGCCCAGGUGACGUUCUCGCACCAGUGCCACGACCUCUGCCAGGACCUGGAGCCGCAGCUGAAGGAGAUCAGCAGUCAGAUAGACGGGCUGCGCGCCGGCACGGACGUGUUGGAGCAUCAGCUGGAGGGCGUGCACUCGCACGUGACGCACGAAGACGUGCUGCAGUCGCAGCGGCCCAGCCCGGCCGACACAGGCGUCUUCAUGGAGGGCUACCUCUUCAAGCGCACCACCAACGCCUUCAAGACGUGGAACCGGCGCUGGUUCACGCUGGAGAACCACCAGCUCAAGUACCGGCGGCGCACAGGCGACGAGCUGACCAUGAUGGAGGAGGACCUGCGGCUGUGCACGGUCAAGCCGGUGCACGAGCUCGACCGGCGACACUGCUUCGAGGUCGUCUCCCCGCUCAAGAGCCACGUGAUGCAGGCCGACUCCGAGCCCAGCUACAAGCUCUGGGUGGAGGCGCUCCAGGCCGGCAUCGGCGCCGCGUUCGACCGGCCGACGCUGCGCUCGCCGACGCGGCUGACCGACGGCGGCCCGGCCUCGUCGCCGGCGCCGGCGCCCGUUGUGACGCGCCGCGCCAACGUGCUGGAGCAGGUGCGCCGCGUGGCCGGCAACGAGCGGUGCUGCGACUGCGGCCGGGCUGAACCGACCUGGGCCAGCAUCAACCUGGGCGUCACGCUCUGCAUCGAGUGUUCGGGCAUCCACCGCAGCCUGGGCGUGCAAGUGAGCAAGAUCCGCUCGCUGACGCUGGACGCCUGGGAGCCGGAGAUCCUGCGCGUGAUGGCCGAGCUCGGCAACGCCGUCGUCAACGGCGUGUACGAGGCGUGCCCCGACCCGGCGUGGCAGCGGCCGGACGCCGACACCGAGAGGAGUGCGCGCGAGGCGUGGAUCCGAGCCAAGUACGCCGAGUGCCGUUUCGUGCGUCGGCUGCCGGGUGCGCCGGGCUCGGGGCCGCCGCCGCUCGACGAUAGCGACGAGUCGACGGCCGGCGAGGACGACGCGACGCUCGACCCGGAGGCCAUGUGUGACCUGAAUCCGGACAUGCUGCUGUGGAAGGCGGCGGCGGCGCACAACCUGCCGGUCAUCUGCAGCGCGCUGGCGCUGCGGGCCGACCCCUGCUGGCCCAACAGUGACCGCGCCGGCCGCACGCCCCUCCACGCGGCCGUCACCAGCGGCUCUGUGAUGGCGUGCCAGCACCUGCUACUGAACGGCAGCCGGCCGGACCUGCAGGACGCCGAUGGACUGACGCCGCUCCACCUGGCCGUGGCCAACGACAACAUGGGCCAGGUGUGUGUUCUGCUGAAGCACAAGGCGAACCAGCGGAUCCGGGACGGUCGGGGGCGCGACCCGCUGGGGAUCGCCGUCGAGAACGCCAACGCCGACAUCGUCACGCUACUGCGCGUCGGCCUGCUGAACGAGGAGAUGCGCGACGCGGACGUGGGCAACGGCGACGACGAUACGUUCCACCAGGUGGUCAAGGACUUCUCGCGCAUGGCGCACGACGCGCCGGAGAAACUGAGUCGUCGCUCGGGCCACGAGCAGGGCGAGCCGCAGCCGUAGCCGGCCGGGCCGACCGGCUCGGCCCUCCUGUGAUCCCGCACCAAACGGCGGCGCUCCGGGCGCCGCGCUGAAGAGAUCUGCCCGCCGCUACGGCGUCGACCGGCGGCUGUGUUGUGUAGAGUAGCCCGGCCCUGGCCGGCUCCAGGAGACCGCGUGAGAGGUGGCUAGGCCGCCUCACGGCGAGCGGCUCGUGGGACGGCCACUGACCCUCAUGUCCCGGUUUGCGGUCUGCUGAACCGUCUCAGGGCCGGUCCGUAGGGUAAAGAGCAGGCCUAUUUAUAUAGCACCGGUUGCUGGUAUAUAUGCCGGCACGUACACUAAUCGUGCCUUUCUAUAAUGCUUCAGCGAUAUAAGUAUAUGUAUAACGCUGGAUGGGAUUAUGAGCUUGGUGCUCCGAUUCGUUUGGGUUGUUUUUUUGGCGGGGGGAGGGUGCUGCAAAGGUAAUAUGUGGCAAGACUACGCACCAUAUCGCGCCGGCUGGCGUACCUGUUUGUGAGACAAGAGAUAAUGGCGACCUAGCAUAGCUCACUCCGCAAGCUUGUGCCUGACUAUGUUCCUCGGUUAUAUAUCGUUUGGUCUCACGCACGGACUAGCGCUCUGCUGUCGACGCUGAGCAGCCGCCUGCUGCCCUCCAAAUGCUCUCGGACGUGGUUGCCUGUCGCACGGUUCGGCGGCGCGUUGCUUCGUCUUACGCCUUGACGCGAAUGUUCUCAACCGAAUGCUUGUGCGCUGCCCGCGCGCGCGCGCGCGCGCCUUCCGCCUUCGCCCGCCCCUGCUGAGCUGUGUCGACUGCGCGCGGCCAGGUUGUGACUGUGUACGUGGAACGGUACUUAGGUGUCGGCCGGUGUUUUUUUUUUUAGCCCGGCUGGACCAAAUGAGCCUGGCGUCCAGCGCCCAAUGUCAAUGCGCAUCCCCGCGGACCAUGACUUCCCAUAUGCAUGUAACCCAGAUCAAUAUACGCGU